UAAAUACCACAGCGACACCAUUGAGUCCUUCCAUGCUGUGAUUGUGAGUAUUUUCACUGCCUAGAGACUUGUUUUUGUCUGGGCUCUUGCUACAUUUGUCCAGAAUGGCCUCUAAAGCUCUCAUCUUCCUCAUUGCGUCCUUUCUUUUGCUUGCAACUAAGGCUUCAUCUAAAGACGAUGAGGAUUUUUUCUCUGAGGUUCUAGCCAAGACACCUGCACCAGCCCCAGCACCAGUCAAGGCACCACCUCCAACUCUCCCUCCGGUGAGCAUUACAGAGUGUCCUCGUCUGUGUGGAGUGAGGUGUUCUCUGCACUCUAGAAAGAGACACUGCACAAGAGUGUGCAUGACAUGCUGCCAACGCUGCAAAUGUGUUCCACCAGGUACCUACGGUAACAAGGAGAUGUGCGGUAAGUGCUACACUGAUAUGACCACCCACGGCAACCGGCCCAAGUGCCCUUGAAGCUUUACAUUGUGUCCCAACUUCUUAAAUUCAUUUCUAUGUUUUAGGCUUUGGUAGGGAGAUGAGAGUGAUAGAUAGGUAGUUUUGCCUGGCUUCAUGAUCUUCCCAGUGUGUGUUUGGCAGUAGUUUUUUGGUUCACAGUUCGUGAUCUGUAACAUUGGCUUUGUUGAUCUGCGUCUGCUACAUACAUUUUAAUGGACUUUGUCAUUCCUAUUAUGUAUUAAUAGUAGAAGUGAUUUAGUA